GUGACUGGGAUUUCUUAAUGAUGAUUUGAAUUGACAGAAAUUUAUAGAAAUUAAAUCCAUAGAUAAUUUGGGUAUUUGAAUCCAUCAAUUCCAAUGAGAUAGAUAGGAUUAAAAGCUAAUCAAUCAGUAUAUGUAUUUGAGGUGUGAAAAGUAGUUAAGGAUGCUGAAGAGAAUUUUAAGAGUUAAUUUCUAUGUUCACAUAUAGGAAGAAAAUUUUUUAAAUUUAGAUUGAGUUGAUGUUGAAGAUAAACUAAGAGAUUGGAGACAUGAAUAAAUCGUUUCUAUAAAUGAGAGGAAUCACGAAAAAACAUAUACUUCAAAUAAAAAAUCAGAAUGGUCCAUCAUAACAUCAUAAAAUGUGUAAACAUUUUAUUAUUAUCAAUUCUAACCUUUUAGAAGCAGAGGAAAGAAUUAAGAUAAGUUUAAUUUAAUUACUGUGACAAAUCGAUAUUAUAAUAAAG